AUGUCUUUAUUUGAUUAGAAAUCGCCUCUAAAAGAUUUAGAGAUCAGUCAUGAGUAGCGCUAUGGACUUCUUGAUGUUGGUAAAGCUUCUUAUAAUCGGCAGGAGGAAUUGCUUCAUAAGAAAUAGCUUAGCUUAUUUCUACUAAGGCUAAAAAGAAUAGCACAAUUACUACUGGCUUUUUCACUCUUUAUCAUCCUAAAUGACUGUGUGGGUUUGUCAUCGACACCAUUUUACUUUCCUCGAGUAGGAUGCAAUCUCUUGGAACCAAAUCAUGCAUGCAACACUUUAAAGCAUUUAAGUUCAGCCUUAUAUAUUAUUGAAAUGAGUGGUGGAUUCUUAUUAGCUGCACAGGCAUCUGGGAUAUAUUAUUUCCUUGAUAAUUAACAAAAUUCUAAAACCUCUGCGAACGUAAGAAAUCUCACUAAAGCCUUCCUCGGACUCUAUAUCAUAAUUGUGAUUACUAGAAUCAUACUAUUCACCUAGUUAUUAUCAUGGGCAUAGAACGAGAUCCCAAAUACACAAUAAGAAUCAAACUUUGGAGUGUUUUUAGGCAAUUUUGUAGAAACUGAGGCUCUACAAAUCAUAGUUACUCUCUUGAUAUUGCUUUCAAUUAUUUCAUGCUUUGUUCUCUCAUUCUUAUCAAUCAGAUAUAUAACUAUCGUAGAUAAUAUGACACAUAAUUAGAGAAAUCAUAAACUACGAUAUUAUGGAAUACUAGGUUAAUUAGAACAGGCUAAGUCCUUCGAAUUACAAAUGUCUCUAAUGAAUAAAUCGCAUCAAGAACAAAACCCUGAUGAAAGUAGUAGUGUAGUGGCAAAUUUUGAUGAUAACUCAAACCGUAAUGUGAAGUACUAACAGUAGGUUACAGGAAAUUUCAACAGGUUUUCUGAGAAAAUUUUAGAAGAGUUAAAGGUAUCUGAUUCUGAUGAGUGA